AUGGCAUCCACCAAUCAAGACCCCUCGGAAAAGACUAUUGCAGAGUCCGUUGCUUCGGGCGACUCGGGAAACUCGAAUGAUAAACCCAAGGAGACGAUUGAUGUGCCAUCAAGUACCAGUCUGAGAUCGUCAAUCGAUGUCACUCAUGCCGCCCCUGUUGACGCAGACGAUGUCGAAGCAAACGUACAGCGAACCAUCACAAGGAAGCUCUUCCCCGUCACCGAUCUAGAUCGAGGAAUCGUCGGUUGGGAUGGCCAAGAUGACCCUGAGAACCCCCAGAAUUUCGCCAUGGGUCGGAAAUGGGGUCUAUUGGCUUUGAUGAGUGCUAUUACGUUUGUUUCACCGCUGGCAUCGAGCAUGUUCUCGCCGGCCGUGAGUUACGUUGGUGUUGAUCUCCAUGUGACCAAUGAGACUAUUCUCGCGUUCAGCGUCAGUAUAUUUUUGAUCGGUUAUGCUGUCGGACCACUCGUCCUUGCCCCCAUGAGUGAGAUCUACGGCCGCCGAAUCGUACUCAGUUGCGCAAACUGGUUCUUCGUGGUGUGGCAGAUCGGCUGUGCUCUGGCCCCAAAUAUCGAAACUCUGAUCAUUUGCCGCAUGUUCGCUGGCAUGGGCGGUGCAGGUUGUCUAACCCUCGGCGCAGGUCUGAUUGCCGACCUGUUCCCCGUGGAGCAACGAGGUAUGGCCACUGCCUUGUGGAGUUGCGGUCCCUUGAUCGGCCCCGUCGCUGGACCCAUUGCGGGAGGCUUCAUUGGCGAGACAAUUGGCUGGCGCUGGGUCUUUUGGGUGGUUAUGAUUGCGGCGGGUGUGGUCUCGUUUGGUAUUGAGAUCUUGAACCGUGAGACUUAUGCUGCCGUUUUGAUUCGCCGCAAGACCGAACGUCUGUCGAAGGAAUUGGGUCGCAGCGAUCUUCGUAGCGCUUAUGAGCCCAAUAUGGAACGGGUGUCCGUUGCCUCUGCCCUGAAAGUGGGCUUGAAGCGUCCGAUUCUCCUGUUGGUCAAAUCGCCCAUCGUUCUGCUUCUCUCCCUCUAUAUGGCCGUUGUCUACGGUCUGCUUUACCUUUUCUUCACGACCAUUCCCAGUGUCUUUGAGAACCAAUAUGGGUUCUCCACGGGCCUCUCUGGACUGGCCUACCUGGGUAUUGGACUCGGCUUCGUCGUUGGACUGGUUCUGUACGGAGUGACCAACGACCGUCUCGUCUUGAAGCUCACGCAACGCAACGGCGGCAAAUAUGAGCCGGAGAUGCGUCUACCGGCGAUGAUCAUGUUCGCCUGUUUACUGCCCAUCAGUUUCUUCUGGUACGGGUGGGCAGUGGACAAAGACGUGCAUUGGAUUGUACCUAUCAUCGGUAUGAUGCCGUUUGGCGUGGGGAUGAUGGGGGUGUAUCUUCCGAUCUCAACGUACGUCAUCGACAGUUACCAGACGUAUGCCGCGUCGGCCAACGCGAGUUUGACUGCCACUCGAUCGCUGGUUGGUGCGGUGCUUCCAUUGGCUGGAUCGAAACUGUUCUCGACUCUGGGUCUGGGCUGGGGCAAUUCAUUGCUUGGAUUCAUUGCACUUGCUUUCAUACCCGUCCCGAUUAUUUUCUCACGGUAUGGACAGCGCAUUCGCGAGAGAUUCCCCGUGAAUCUGGAAGGUUGA